AGAAAUUAAGCAACAAUAUAAUUAAACUAAUUAGGCUCGUAGAGCUGUCUCCCAUGGCGAAAAAUUCAGGAAUUUUGACGACCGUAGCUGAUGCCUUCAGUGAGGUAGCCCAAACUGUGAAUUCUCCGAGGCCAUACGUGGAAAUCGGUCGGCUGGUUCGAGCUUGCCGCCUCCUUUCUCCUCUCUUGAGUAGUUUAGGAGUCUUCAAGUUUGCAGAGAAGGAGUUUUCUGCUAAGGUGGAUGAUCUUGCAGAAGCUGAAAAAUCAGUACAUACUCUGGAAUCCUUGCUUCACUCCGAUAUCAGAAAGAAUUGUGAAAAGGAUUCUAACAGUCAUUCAAGGAACCUUGUGAGAGUGAAGCGAUCAGUGGACAUGCUAAAGAUCAUGUUUGAGCAAAUUCUAGCUAGAGGGGGAAACUCUAUUGUCGGUCCGGUCUCUACGGCUUAUAAGCAGGUAUUUGCACCCUACCAUGGAUGGCUGAUAAGGACAGGUGUUUCUGCUGCGAUGAUAACCCUCCCAACAAAGGCACAACUCCUGAGGAACCUGAAUGAAGAUGAGGCCACUGCUAAUGUUCAGAUGCAAAAGUACGUGACUGCAUCGGCUUCUGUCUUACAGUACAUUGACAAGUUAUUCCGCUCCAGGUGCUCAGGCAAUGAACUGCUUGGGAUGGUUUGAUUCUCAACUUGUUGCUUGUAGUGUAUAAUAUAAUUAUAAUUAAUAAUAUGUUGUCACUGCUUUUAUGUC